GGAAGAUAAGACAUACUUCCAUCUAAGCAGAAAGCUGGCGGAGAACCUCGAGGCAAGAAACCACCAGUUAGCAACAACGGAGAUCUUAGCUGGCGGCAGACUAUCGCUGAGGCCUUCGAUGGAUGAUGAGGAGGACGAGGUGUUCCGGCCAAUCUCACGUUGUUGGGGGGCCCCCUUCGGUGAGAUCAAGUACGAGGACAGGGGCACGCAGACUCCGAGUCCUGCCCUGAGAGCCGGGGGAGGCAUGCUGCCCUACGGCGUGGCCAGGGAGCCGCGGAGACUGUUCUAUGGUAACGCGGGAUUCAGACUCCAUUUCCCGGCACUGUUUGAGGCCCGGGCUUGGAACCGGGAACACGACCGGGGCGUGGAGGAGGAGCAGCAGGAGGGGCAGCCGGAACAGAGCUCCGAGGUUCGGAUCGGCCGGAAUCUCCAGCUGAUCGGAGACCAGUUCCAUCAGGAGCGCGUCCAGCUGUACCACAGAACCUACAGGAACCAGCACCCUGUGUGGUGGCGCAUGGCAAUGGCUUUUUACUCCUUCCUGUUUGAAAGACACGGAGUCCGUCACCAAUGGGGAGGGGAGCUGAGGUGAAAGGACACGCCUCCUCAGCACAGGCCCCUCCCCCAGCC